AUGCAUGUGAUGGGCAGCAUCUCCCCGGCCAAUGAGAGCGAGAGUUUCCUGGAAGACGGCGUGGCCGUGGCUGCCCUGGUGUCCCCGCCUCCUCACUCCGGAAGCCCUGCCCAGCCGCCGCCCCCUCCUCCCCCUCCCCCUCUUCUGCCUCCUCCCCCUCCCCCGCCCCUGGGAAACCCUGGCGGAGGCCAGAGGAGGAAGAGGAGGGUGAGGAGUUUCUUCUGGAAAACCAUUCCUGAAGAUCAGGUGAGGGGGCGGUCCAACCUGUGGACGCAGGGCGGCGUCCAGCAGCAGUACCAGAUCGAUGUCCAGACCAUCGAGGAGCUGUUCGGUCACAACGACUGCCGGUCCAACGCUGGGACGGCGCCCACCAGGGGGAGCAACGCUAGAGGCUCCUUCAGGGACACCAAGGAGGAGGUUUGCAUUCUAGACUCUAAGAGGGGAAUGAAUGUUGGAAUUUUUCUCAAGCAGUUCAAAAGGACAAACCAGACCAUAAUAGAUGACAUUCGUCAUGGCAACAGCGAGUUUUAUAGUGCAGAGCCACUGAGAGAGCUGCUCAAAUUACUACCGGAAUCAGAGGAGGUGAAGAAACUUCAGGCCUUCAGCGGUGACAUCACCAAGCUCCCAUUGGCUGAUUCCUUCAUGUACCUGCUGACCCAGAUCCCGAGUUACACUGUUCGUAUUGAGGCCAUGGUGUUGAAAGAAGAGUUUCCUUCAGCCUGUGAGUCCAUGAAACGAGACAUCAACAUCGUACAUACAGCCGCCAGAGAGCUGCUGACCUGUGAGGAGCUUCAUGCUGUUCUCCACUUGGUGCUGCAGGCAGGAAACAUCCUCAACUCCGGAGGAUAUGCAGGGAAUGCUGUGGGCUUCAAGCUGUCGUCUCUCCUGUCUCUGGCCGACACCAAGGCCAACAAACCAGGCAUGAACCUGCUGCACUUUGUAGCUCUGGAAGCACAGAAGAAGGAUCCAAGGUUGCUGGAGUUUCCAGGCAAUUUAAAACACGUCCAGACUGCAGCCAGGAUCUCUAUGGAAACGCUUGAUGCUGACCUCCAUUCACUAAUGUCUCGCAUGCGCUCAGUGGAGGAGAGCCUCCAAAGAGACAUGGAGCUACUUCAACAGCUAGACCUCUUCCUGCAGAGUGCUACAUCAUCUCUGUGCGCACUGCGCAGGAGCAGACAGGAUCUGCAGAAGACCGGCGGCGAGCUGAUUGACUUCUUCUGUGAAGACAAAGAGAGCUUCAGGCUGGACGAUUGUUUCACCAUCUUCUACGACUUCUUCACCAAGUUUAACAACGCUGUCCGGGAGAACAGGGAGAGGGAGCUGAAGGAGGAGGCGCGCCGCCGUCGGUUGCGGGAGCUGGAGGAGCAGAAGAGACAUUCCUGGGCUGGGGGAGAGAAGCUGAGCGGAGCCUUCGGAAUACGUUGCAGCAGCGAGACAGACAUGGACGUCGUGCUAGCACGGCACGAUGAAGCGGGUCUGCUGAUGGAGCUCCUAAGUCCCAAGUCCCGCCCCCGCUCGCCAAACCGCAACACCAGUUCCCAUUGUCCUUUAGGCCGCUCAGGAAGCGUACGGCGCUCCCGGAGUUCUUUGUCCAACUCUCCGUCUGCAGCUGCUGACCGUGAACUGAGCAUGCUCCUGGGGAUAACGACGUCUGAACCCAAGGUCACAGCUGGGCAGUUGCUGAGCGAAUCCCCUGCCGCCUCGCCAGGACUCUCACCGCAGACCGGGCACCAAAGCCAGGGACAUGCCGUGCAUAUGACGCCUCCACAAACCUCCUCCCCCACUUCCAAAACCUCCUGGAGUCUAGAAGACGCCAGUACAGACAAUGGCAAAACAAAUGCAUGUCGCACAACUAGCACUUACCUCAACCACAAUGCUACACAGCCCGGAGAACAAAAUAAACACCUUUCAGUCAAACCUACCUCGGAUUCAAACUCUCAACUUUUACACACAAAACACACAACUGACCACACCACCAAAGGUGAGGAUGAACUUCACCUGGAGUUUAGUGUCCCGGAAACAGUCGUGCACCGUGAAAAGGAUUUGAAAGACAAUAUGGCGGCCGCCAGUGAAAACACUGACCAGUCAAAAAGUGACGUCAGUGGACGGAUUGUAAAAAGUCCCAGUGAGAAUAAUCCAGUUGCUGAUGACCUCAACAGCAUGUCCGUGGUUUUGGAAACACUCAUGCUGGUCCCUGAUCUGCAAGCAUUUGAUAAGGCCGCCUCCCCGAGUGACAGCAGGGAACAUUAUCUCCAGGGCGACCAGCAGGUCCAGCACCAUCUCCAGGGAUAUCGCCGCGACGAUAUCGUAGUCACAGAUCUGGAGCAGGACGACAUUCCCAAAUUUGAAAUGGAGGACGUUCAGAAGGCUUCCCGUUCUAAGACUAUGGAGGGAUCAGAGGAGCUUCUGCAUCGGAGUGGUGGCCAGGAAAUGGAGAAAAACACUUCCUUUGUCCCAGCUGUUCUCCAGCCUUUAGAACCUCGGGCGGCCAAUGAGCACCCAGUGCCUGUACCAGCCAACAGCCAAUCAGUGCCUGUUUCCUGUGAUGAUUCCACUCUUCCUGCCUCUUCCAUCAAUAAGACACCAGCAGCCAAUGAGACGCAUGCUCUCAACGCACAAACCUCAACUAAGCAACCACGCAGUCAAGACAAGGAUGCAGACAUGGGACUCGAGUCUCCUCGUAAACAUUCGGCCAAUGGAAAAACAGAAUUCAGUUCGUCCACCAUUAAAAACAAAGAACAACAGAACUCCUCGAGAACGCCGUCCAAGUCUGUUCUCUCUAGAGCUGCGCCCCCCUUUUCCAAACCAUCAAUCACCAGCUCCGCACCGACCGCCAAACCCAACGCCGUCCGCACGCUGACCAGCUCCGAGAAGCAGAGCAUGAGGCGGGUGGUGCCGAUUGCCCGGCCAGGCCAACGCAUCUCAUCGCAGGAAAAACGUGUGGACAAAUCCGCCACCGUCCGCCAGAGUGCCUCCAGCCUGACAAUCUCAGACACCAACAACAACUCCCACCGCCGAAGGGAAAAGCCCUCCGCCUCCCCUUGCUCCUCCUCCUCCCAGCCCUCCAGGAUCCAAAUGCAGGAAUCCAAAGACCCGAAGCUCUCAGACGUCCACCGAUCAGCUGGUGAAAAAGUCUCGUCUUUGCAGAGGAGACCGUCCGCCCGCAAACCAGCAGCCAAAGCCAAACCACAGGCAGAGGAGAAGAUGUGUCGCUCCACGCUGCGGGCGCUUGCUCAGGCUGCAGCGGUUGGAGGAGGAAGAGGAGAAGGGAGCAUCAGCACCCCAACCACUCCCUCACACAAAGUUGUGUCAUCGUCAACACUUCCUGGUUUUACCCGAAGCACUGCAUCCUCCUCUUUCAGACAGACGCACACCACACUGGCACCUCCACGUCCUCCUCCACCUCUCCAUGGCGAGUCUGAGUCCUCCAAGAGCUCCUCCCCUCUCAUCCGGACAGGCUCCCUCAGAGUCCCGCUCACCUCCAAAGCUGUUGCUCUCCCCCCAACAUCUUGCUCCUCCUCCUCCUCUUCCCCCCUGCGCCCCCUGUCUCAGGACUCCCCACUGAGGAGGUCCCAGAGCAUCCGGGUGUCUCUCCACUCUUACGACUCGAUGGCUCCCCCUAAAGGCCACAGACGGAACAACAGCGGCAGCCUCUCAGACAAGUCGUCCCACUCCAGGGACUCGACCAGGACAAGUAAGCCCAGUUGGAGAUGAGGAUUGAGGUAAAUAUUGAAUGUCCUGCUGAGUAACACAACCAAUCGACACCGUCUCCCGUUCUCUGAAGAGGUCAAUGUUCACUGCCAGAGCAAAGACAGACAGUCAGACGGUCAGAGGCGACUUUCCCACAGGACGUAUGGACGCGGUCUCUCGUCCCUGGAGACAGACCGGCUGCAUUCCAGUGUGAAGAAGACUUUCCUCCCAAGUCGAACCGCCUCGCC